AUGGCUCCCGAAUCCCAGUCGUCAGAGUUCCAUGCCCACGAGGCCUCUGAAAAUAAUCCAACAGUCUCAGAUCAAUCCCACCGUUCACGUCAACGGUCUUUGCGUUCUUCUUCAGUCACAAUUUCUCCAAACAUGAUUGUUCCAUCAUCUGACUCCCGGAGGACAGUCAGCCGCCCUGCUCCUCCAAAUACCAAGAGGCCAGCUAUGGCAUCACCUCCACCAAACGAUGCCUCAGAUUUGGACUCAGGCACUUCAGUUGCAGAUUCAGCUACAUGUAAGAAUACCCGGUCCAAGCGACAGAAACAGAAAAGAGCUUCGCCGGCUGUCAAGGCCCCAAAGUCGCACAGAAAGAACAAGAAGAGUAAAACUACAGGUUCCAGUGAAGCUGUCAAUGCGGCCGGCGAGGCCUACGAUUACGACCAGGACAGCUCUGAAGGCUCUGUUCAAAUAGUUGCGAGGCCAAAUAGGAAGGGGGGAUUGAAGGAAGCAAAGGAAAAAGAAGCAUUAGAGCUCCUGCGAUACUUCGAGCAACCAUACUUCAAGAAAGGCGAUCCGCCAAACUCUGCUCUCAACUACCAAUGCAAAUUUUGCAAAGGUGUCUAUCGUGGACAGAAAAGCUCUCGCGGGAAUCUGAAGACUCACCGUGAUGGUUCUACACAGGAGGACAAGAGCGACAAAGGCUGCCCUGGAAGACACAAAGCUAAGCUCGCUGGGUAUAUCUUGCCCCCAUCGGUAGCCGAAUCUCGAGCGGCAGCGGCGAAAGGAGGGUUAGAUGCCUCACAACCAGGAAUUAAAGGCUUUCUUGAGUACAAAACCGUCUUUGUAAACAAAGUCUUGAAUCAACUGAUAAUGCUUUGGCAGAUUCGCCAAGCAUUGCCAUGGACUCGAAUUGAGGAUCCUUACCUCCGAGCGGCAUUCCGAUAUGCAAACCCCAAGGCGCUGCUUCAUGGUCGUCGAUGGUCUGCCGAUGAAUCCAAGAAGUUGUACAGUAUGCUCAAGGCACAUGUUUUUGACGAGUUGAGUAAUCUUGACACUAGGUUCACCCUGAUCCAUGAUGUAUGGACCACAAAGGGGAACCGUUUCGCUUUCAUCGGUGCCGCUGUCGCCUACAUUAACCGCGAGUGGGAAUAUGUUGUCCGACACUUAACCCUCAAGAUGAUUCCUUGGAAGCAUGCUGGCCAUCUGUUGGCUCGUCCUAUUGCCGUGAUCCUCAAGAAGAAAAAUUUACAUAGAAAGAUGUUGGCCCAGACUACCGAUUCUGGGUCCAAUAACAAUACUAUGGCUAGCACGAUGGACCGAUUGCUCUGUGAUGCCAACAAGAACACAGAUCACGCCUGGGAUCCGGCAACUUUGCACAUCCGGUGCUUUUGCCACAAGCUUGCACUCAUUGUAAAUGCGGGACUCGUGGCAUUGUCCCUCAAAACCCUUCCGCCAUCAAAAACCAAAGCCUCUGUCUUAGGUUUCUUCCCUGUACUUGGAAGACUGGUGGAGGAGGAAGAACCCGAGCGUUUGGAUUCUCAGUCUCAGUCAAUUACUACCACUAGUCAAGCUCCCAGAACGGAAGUGACAGAAAAUCAGGAGAUGGAUGAUGAAGAUUCUGGAAGUGAUUACGGGAACGCCGACGAUGAAGGGGAUGAUGAGGCUUCCAAUGUCAUGGAAUCCGGGGAUGAAUCAGAAGAUGUAGGCCAAGAAAAACAUGGAAAAACAACCAGACUUCUGGAUCUCACCCAGAAAAUCACUCGGUCAGCUGCCCAAAGGGCCAAUUUCACCCGAAUCGCUCAGCAACUCAAUCUGAAGGUGACCCCGUUGAUUGCGGGCUAUGGUAUUAGAUGGAAUAUCAAAUACCAAAGCCACAAAAAAGCCAUCGAUGCCCGAGAGGUCAUAGACCAGAUUCUAAAAGAAGAUCAAGAGAGCAACGGCGCUGGAGACUUUGAUGAUGUUCUCUUUUCCCCUCGCGAUUGGAAGGAGAUCGAUAAUCUUAAUCGGGAGAUGGAGGUAAGAUUCCAAUGGACCUACCUUUUUUUCCUGUUACUGACCUAA